AACCAGGAUCACAAGCCCCAAUCCCCCAUCACCCUCCCCACACUGGCCUCCGCAAUUCAAUUCAGCUCUCUCUCUCGCUCUCUCGCUUUGUCUCUCACCACCUUGCCUGCUACCCUGCCUCAAUUUCUAAUACCAAUGCCACUGGGCUUCAUGUCCACCUUUCGUCUGUGCAAUUCUGCAGCCCCUCCUUUUGUGGGUCGAGGUCGCGAGGCUGUUUGACGUCGCUCUCUUGGCUGGGUGAUGUUUAUGAAGCACGAGGGUCGUAUUGGUGUUUGGUGUAAUAGCUAGUCGUUGUCGCGUGAAAGUGGCUGUCUGGGAGUUAGGUUAUAUCUCGCUCAUUUUAUUUGAGAUUUCAAGGCUUGGAUGUGAGGAACUGAUGGGGUUUGGUGAGUUCUUUAUUGGGAGGUUUGAGUGCGAAGUUUAAUUGAAAAUGAGGGCGGUUGUUGUUGUCGCGGUGACGAUGAAGUAAAGAGGAGGACAGUGUGAGUGAGAUCUAGGGUUUGGUAGUGAUUAUUCGCCUUUUUUCCUUUGUUUUCUUUAUUCCGUAGUGAGCUGAUUUUUGGGAAAUUUGCAUGGAGAAAGUUUGGGUUGGGGGUGAGGAUUGCUAGAUUGGGGGAAGAGUUGGUAGUGGUACAUAUUUCGUGACGUAGUCGCGGAGAGAAGCAUUUUUUAGGCCCAGUAGCUGUGAGUUGGCCUGAAUGGAUAGAUAUGUUGUGCUGCACGGGGUUUAUUGCAGAGUUUCGGUGUAGAUGAUUCUAAUGUAGGUGUUCCGAGAGAAGGGUGCGUGCCCUUGUGAAUUGGAAGUUGUGACUUAAACGUGAGAGUUAUGAAUUUUGGUGUGGAGGAUACGUGGAUACGGGAUCAUUAGGUGGUGGUAAAGCUAGUGAUUAAGGGUGAAGCUUGUGAUGGCCAAUGUGGUGCGAUGGGCCUCUCUGGGGCCUCCACAAUGUGCAAACGCAGCCUUGGGUUCACUGAUUAGCAAGUGCCAUCCGUUUCGUGGCCGAUAUUUUGGAAGGAAGAAGUGCUGCUGGUCGAGUCGGAGGGGAUCUCGACAAAGAGGGGAUUUGGACAGAAUAGGAGCUUUUGAUGAUACGAGGUCGGAGCUUGUUAUGAAUGGGAGUGCAAGCGCCAACGAAUUUAGUACUCUGGCGUUACUAUUUCCUGACAGCCCGGAGAACGAUGGCUCCGUCGGAUCGCGUCAAGAGCUGCAACUCAAAUUGCAAAGUGAAUAUGAAGCAUCCAAUGAACUUUACGACAAGCUUGCCGAGAACGCAAUAGUUGAUGGAUCGAUAAGCGAUGGAGUGCAAUACGAGAGUAAUCCAGAAGAAGAAACAGAUUCUGAUCAGGCGUAUAUUGAAGUUGGGAAAGAACAGUCAGAAACUCGGAUUGGUGCUUCAGCAUAUCAGCAGGCCAGCAAGUUACUUGAAGCAGUUAACAAAACGUUGGAUGGACUUGAAGAUGAUCUUUUCAAGCACGCUGAGGAGCUGGAGGCUUCUGCUGUAAUGGAGGACAUCACCUUUUCUGGAGACGUCCCGAAUGUUACUGAGGGGUGGGAACAAGCAUGGAGCGAAACAAGUUCACAGUCUCUGGAGUUAGAACAGAUGCAAGAGGAGAUAGUUGUUCGGGAUAAGCUUCUCGAAAUGAUGCGGCAAGAGGCAGUUGAAGCUUCCCAAACUUUAAAGACUGCAACUCAAGCCAUGAUAACAGCAAAAGGCAAGAUAACCUACUUGCAAGAGCAACUAGAUACGACUACUGGCUUUCUGCAACAGGAGAAAGAAGCUACUCAACGAGCACUUGAUCUCUUCUCUUCCUCGUUGCUGGCUCUAUCAGAUGCGGAAGCACGUAUUCGAGAACUUGAGAAACAAGUAGAGAUUGGAUCACAAAUUCAAGAAAACCUCGCGGAUAUGGAUUCAUUGAAGGGCUUGCUGGACACUAAGGAGAGAAUUAUACAGUCCAUGCGUGAUGAAAAUCGUCGUAAUGCUAAUAUGCUUCUUGCUGCUGCCAAGACUCGAGAAGGUUUAGCAAACGCAGAGAAGAAAGUGGAACUUUUUACUGCUCAAGUGGAAAUAUUGGAGGAGGAAGUUCGUUCAAGAGACUUGCUCUUAAGAGAGGUCAGAGAUGAGAUGGUUCGUAGCACAGACGCGUUAAAGUUGGCUUCGCACAUCAAGCAGGAAUUAAAUAUUAGCAAACAGAAAGAAAUAGAACUGACUCAAGACUUAGAGAUCGAGAGAAGUCUUGUCAAGGAACUUCGGCAGGAGUUGGCUGAGAAUCAUAGAGCUAUUCAUGCUGAGCAGGCAUUACGACAGAUGGAGAAAAAAUUGGAAAGUCUAAAACUUGAGAUCGACAUGCUUCGUGGUGGAGUGGGAGCACGAGAUGAUGCUUUAAGGUUAAUGAGGGAUGAGGUGGAUCGUAGCGUGGAGGUUUUAGCUGAUGCCGCUGAAAACCGCGAGGCAGUCCGACAGUUAACAUCAUAUGUUGAGGAAUUAAGGGCAGAACUAGCAAUGAAGGAUGAGACGAUUGUAUCCUUGCAAAAGGAGCUUUCUCGCACUGAGACUUCGUUCCGGCAGGACAGGCUCGUGCCAAAGACCAACUCUAGUGUCAAGGCAUCUACAGCUUCUGCGCAACAUACAUUUGAAAGCACUUCAGACAUGGGGUCAAAAAAGGUGAAAGGAAAAUCGACUUGGCGAAAGCAAGGCACCAAUUCUCCGCGCAGGCCCUACCCACAAUCGUAAGGUUGAUCAUACGUGUUGGUUAGAGGAAAUAGUCAAAGUUGACGGUGAGGCUACACAUGCAAUGCAAUCUAGCAUCCAGUGCUUCGUGGAAUCCAGUACGCUAUGAAUGUGUACUGGGUGCUAAAGCCUCCUGAAAACAAACAUUGGACCUUAUAUCUAUGCAGAUUUGGUUACCAACAACGUUAGCAAUUGAAAAGUAGGGAGCUAAAACACACAUCGUUCUCUACUUGGCCUUGGCAUUGUUUUGCCCUUGCAGACAGCGUAUUGAUAUUUAUACCUGCAACCUGACCAACUUCAUGAUGUGAGGGGUGGAUGUUAGGGUUUAGUCUUCUUGGUUGAGGAGAACCCACCCCUGACACCAAUUGUGGCCAUGAUCCAAAGAGUAACCGCUGGGCAAUUUGUAACAUUCACAUUUUAACGUAGAGAAGCUCCGUGAAUGAGCACUUUGUUCAGAUCA